GUAUUUUAAACCAUGGAGUUUCAGAGUUACGAAGCGAAUAAUACAAAUAUCACGUCCACUACAGUCCUUUACGUUGGUUCAUUGUACAAACUCUCUCAAGAAGAUAGUUCUUGGAUCGUAUCGAACGCCUUUAUUAUAUUCACUAUGCAAACAGGUUUUGGAAUGCUAGAGUCCGGUUGCGUUUCCCUCAAGAACGAAGUAAACAUUAUGAUGAAAAACGUCGUCGACAUUGUUCUCGGUGGACUCACCUAUUGGCUAUUCGGCUUUGGAGUGAGUUUCGGUAGAGAGGAACCGACAAAUUCGUUCAUCGGCGUCGGUGGAUACCUGAUCGAUCCGGAGAUUGACGACGAGCUUUUCGGACCGAUAUCAGCAGCUUUCUUGUUUCAAUUGAGCUUCGCAACGACUUCGACGACCAUCGUCAGCGGGGCCAUGGCUGAACGAUGUAACUUUAAAGCUUAUUGCCUUUUCUCGCUGCUCAACACCAUCGUCUACUGCAUGCCGGCGGGAUGGGUUUGGGGGGACCACGGCUUCCUGAGGAACAUGGGGGCCGUCGAUAUUGCUGGCUCCGGCACCGUUCAUCUCGUCGGCGGAGUAUCUGCGUUGGCGUGUGCGCUGAUGCUCGGGCCGAGACUCGGCAGGUACGACGAGGGGAUCGAUGCCCUACCGCUCGGCUGCCCGGUGAACGCCCUCAUGGGACUCUUCGUGCUGUGGUGGGGCUGGCUGGCGUUCAAUAGCGGCAGCACCUACGGGGUCAGCGGAAUGCGCUGGAAGUACGCAGCCAGGGCCGCCGUCUCGACGAUGCUCGCCAGCAUGGGGGGCGGUCUCGUUGGCCUUGGGUUCAGCCUCGCAAAUCCCAAACGCAUCGACAUCCUUAGCCAGAUCAACGGUAUCCUCGGAUCUCUCGUGGCCGUCACUGGUGGCUGCUUUUUAUACAAAGCAUGGGAGUCAAUACUAAUUGGAAUGAUAGGGGGAUUCAUGACUUGUUUUACAAUGCCAUUGCUAGAUAAAAUGGGAGUCGAUGAUCCUGUUGGAGCAUCUGCUACCCAUGGGAUAAGCGGAUUUUGGGGCGUGAUGGCAAUAGGCUUUUUCGCCGAUGAUCCACAUCCUCUCAAUACAACAAGUGGACGGAAGGGUUUAUUUAAAGGUGGGGGCUGGUAUUUACUUGGGGUUCAAUUAUUGACAGGUGUUUGCUUAUCCGUAUGGAGUUUCACAUCAUCCGUCAUUCUACUAUGGAUAAUAGAUAAAAUCAUACCGAUAAGAAUGGACGAGCAUGAAGAGUUACUCGGCGCUGAUCUGGUGGAGCAUCGGAUACAUCACUCGCAAAUUGGCGUGAGCCGGGCAUUGUCUGCGCUUCAUCCGCUACCGAGUAAAAAACAGAGCUUAAAUGGCGUUCCCUCCAUUGGUACCAAUCCAGGACACGACUCGUUUAUCCUGAAGGUCAUUCGCGUAAAACGCUUGAACAAUGGACUAAAAAUAUUUCAUCGACGACCGCUUAUUAGAAUGGAAAAUACUUUCGAGGAAAAGUUACAGAUUCCUACGAUUAACUCGAGCAAUUCCGAUUCACUAAAGCUUGCAUGGACUAAUUAAGCUUUUUAACGUUACUCUUAACUUAUUAUUAAUGCUUUAAAGUAUUAACUAGCACAUAUUUAACAUAUUUACUAACUUAUAAUGACAAUUGUAAUACAAUUGGUUACUUAUUCUUACAAUGAUAUGAAUUUUAUUAUCUCUAUUAGAUUAAAAUAAAUUAAUUAUACGAUAAUUGUAUAUUUAUUGAUAAAUUAAAUUGAUAAUUAAAUGCUUAAAUUGUUUUCUAGUACGACAUGAUUAAGUUACUUGUAUUGCUACGUGAUUACAAUUUCACAAGAUACUUUCAAUAAACUAUAUAGAAUUCCAGUGUUUAAAAGUCCAUUAUCGAAUAGACUUGCAAAAUAAAUGUUACGACGCGCUAAUCGCUUAAGUCUGAAUUUCACAUAGGGACUACUACUUGAUAAGUACUACAAAAAUUGACUUGAAAACUUUAUUACAAAGUUUUCACAAUUGUAUCCUACUGAAGGAACUUGUCCGUGCAAUUUCUACUAACUGCUAAUACACGGACAUACACUCGCUCACACAUGCACAAAUUAUCCUUUAAUGUUUAUCGAACUAGAUUUUUUGGCAGGUUUGAUGAGGCAUUAUUUACAUAAUGAUUGCUUUACAUCUUUUAAGCGAA